AUUGUGUGCACCACACCUUCUAGUGCCCCGACACCACUACCUCCCUCCUCCAAAACACACACACGUCCAUUCACUUUCUUGUGGACUCAAUCUCUCCUUCAUCUCCUCUGCUGUCGCCUUCGGCGUCCUUCGAUCUUUGCAGGACUUCGAUUAUUUGUUUCGAGUACCUUCCCAUACAUCAAUAGAGAGCCCGCCGUUUUUCUCCUCUUCUCCACCCAUCAUGAGUCCUCCGGUUCCCUAUGGGAAUGUCGUCGAGUACAUCUCCGACCGACUAUACUGGGCGUGCUACACAUCACCGCCGACGUCGACGACGCCGUUCCCGCCGCAGGUGAUCCCGGACCCAUAUAAGAUGAUCGCGCCGGAGCUAGUGCGGCCGGGCAGUCGCAGCCCGGCGAAGCGCAAGCCGAACCAGAUCAUCAACUCGUCGGGGCUGAAGCCCGUGUACUUCACCGUCGACGACGCGCUCCUGUACAAUGCCUUCCAUCACGAUUUUGGCCCCCUGCACAUCGGACACCUCUACCGCUUUGCUGUCACCCUACAUGAUAUCCUCGGUGAUCCGAAGAAUGAGGGCAGAGUCGUCGUGUUUUGGUCGAAGCCCGAUGGAAAGGCCCGUGCGAAUGCUGGCUGUCUGUUGGCGUGUUACAUGGUUUUGGUGCAGAGCUGGCCGCCGCAUUUGGCAUUGAGCCCUCUGGCUAUGUGCGACCCUCCGUUGAUGCCGUUCCGCGAUGCUGGGUACUCACAGGCAGACUUCAUCCUCAACGUUCAAGACAUCGUCUACGGAGUCUGGAAGGCAAAGGAAAAGGGGUUGGUGAAUCUGAGAGAGUUCUGUCUUGACGAAUAUGAGAAAUAUGAGAGAGUAGAUAUGGGAGAUUUCAACUGGGUUUCGCCCAACUUUCUGGCAUUCGCAUCGCCUCAACAUAAACUGCCUCCGCCCAGUCAGAAACAGCCUGUCCUGCCUACCGAGGAGGAGGAUAUCUACGGCUGUGCGAUUCCUACGCCUUUUAAGAAUGUGCUCCUGCACUUCUACCAGCGCGACAUCGGUCUCGUUGUGCGGUUGAACUCACCUCUCUACCCGGCAGAGUACUUCACCUCGCUCGGAAUAACCCAUAUGGACAUGAUCUUCGACGACGGCACGUGCCCGCCAUUGAAUCUGGUUCGCAAGUUCGUCAACAUCUCCCACCAAACGAUUACCAUCCACAACAAGAACAUCGCAGUUCACUGCAAGGCGGGUCUCGGGCGGACGGGAUGUCUGAUUGGCGCGUACCUGAUCUACCGGUACGGAUUCUCGGCGAACGAGGUCAUCGCCUACAUGAGGUUCAUGAGGCCGGGCAUGGUCGUUGGUCCCCAGCAGCACUGGCUUCAUCUGAACCAGGACGAGUUCCGGAAGUGGUGGUUUGAGGACACCAUCCUUGCCGCUGCUCUCGAGAAGGCUACUAGCCAGUCGAUCAUCAUCCGCACGCCGACCAAGGGCAAGCGCAUCUCGAGUGCUCUGACACCCUCGCGACGAGCCAUCCUCGGUGAAGUCGACAGCAACCACAACGAUGCGCAGUCGGCCGCACUACUGCCCGCCCCCACACCCGGACAGCCACGAAAGACAUCGAGCCGAUUCGCAUCUGCUGCUUCGUCGAGACGUGUUCCUUCGGAGGUCUACGACAGCAGUCUGGUCCCGGUUGCGGACGAGAACGAUGCCAACGCCUCGCCUGUGCGACGGAAGAGGUCGGCGGCAACGAAGGUCGACGAGGAGGACCUUGCUCGCGCCAUCGAGUCGGGCAUGACGGAAGAGGAGUACAUGAUCCGCCUGCACCGUCGAGCUUCCGCCAAGGCCCCCGGCAAGCAGAGGACAGCUACCACCACCACCAUCACGACCACUACCGUCAGUCACACCGUCGCAGCCACCGCGGCGGCGGAGAAGAGUAGGAACGGGAACGGACUCCUCGGCACCAAGGUUCGAAGUAGUCCUCGUCGGCAACCGGCCGCCACCGGGGGAGUCCGCAAGACAUCGGGCCGACAGGUCAGUGGUGGUGCAGCAGGUACCACGCCGCCUCGGAGAGGGCUAUAGGAUACCCUCUUGCGACGCGAAAUGGCGCUUAUAGAAACGACGAACGAGUCUCCGCCCCCUACUGACUCGUCGUCGUCGAAUGCGUUUUUGUGAGCUGUGA